GAAAGUCCGAUUUGAAUGACGCGAAACGGAGGCCGCCUUUAAAGUUAACUAUAUUUUUUUUACAUAACUGUUUAUUUGGUUGGCACAAAAGUGCUUUUUGUUUUAUUGUAACCACUCAGCAUGCUGCCUGUUCCCAACCACGGACUUGUGGGAAGAAGAAGGCGAGCAACGACGUCUGCUUCGACAGCGCCAUUCAUAGAUGGCCCACAUUCUCGGGUCCCAUUUGGUGCUCGGCGACUACCAUCCUUAGAAUCCUUACCAAUAGACAUUUCUACCACCCAUUCACAAGCAUCAAUUCCCGACCUGGCUGAUCAGCGUAGACGCUCAUUUUCGCCAUUAUUUCGGAAAGCAUCCACUGCAUCUCAUCACGACUACACUCCUCCACCAUACCCCAAUGCCCGUGAAGAUUUAUCGUCCGAUUCAACAUCAUGGUUCACUCCCCGAUCGCGAAGGUCUUCAAAAGCCCAAUCUUCUCCCCCACCACUGGACAUUUUACCUCGGACAAAACCAGUCAUUGAGACUCAUACCAUCAAUAAGGAAUACGACCCAUUGACCGGAAAAAAGAUGAUCAAUGACUAUCUUAUCAUCAAGGAACUAGGCCGUGGUGUUCACGGCAAGGUGAAGCUCGCUGAAGAUACAGAAAGAGGUGGUUUGGUGGCAAUUAAGGUUGUUGAUAAGGAAUCUCGAAGACGCCAGCUAGGCUUGUCACUCCGUGAAAGUGUGGAUGAAGAGGAGAGAGCGGUUGUCAACAAUCCUGCCGAGCAAAAAAUCCAGAGAGAGAUCGCUAUUUUGAAAAAGUGUGUACACCCUCAUGUCGUCAUGCUAUUCGAAGUCAUUGAUGAUCCAGCUAGUAGGAAGAUCUAUAUGGUUUUGGAAUAUAUGGAAGGUGGUGAAAUUCACUGGCGUGAUGAAGAUGAUCGUCCCAUCUUGCCUAUCGAUGAUGCGCGCGCGGUAUUUCGGGACGUUGUGAGCGGCUUGGACUAUCUUCACUAUCAGGGCAUUGUUCACCGCGAUAUCAAGCCGGCGAAUUUGCUCCUCACUGCUGAUCAUAUAGUCAAGAUCUCUGAUUUUGGAGUAUCCUAUUUCAGCGAACUAUUGGCUGAAGAUCAUCACAGCUCGUACGAUAACAAGGAUGCAACUUCACGAAGUCGCAUCACCCGUGAACUAGCCAAAACCGCAGGCAGCCCAGCUUUCUUCGCACCCGAACUAUGUACCGUUGGAGAUGAUACGGCGGCGCGAAUAACCAAGGCCAUUGAUGUGUGGGCGUUAGGUGUGACUCUUUAUUGCCUUGUGUUUGGCCGAUGCCCUUUCGAAGCAGAAACAGAGUACGAAUUGUUCAAGUUGAUACCUAUCCAACCAUUAGAAUUCCCAGCGGAUAUCGAAAUUGAGGAUGAUCUGCGAGAUUUACUUUGCAAACUUUUAACCAAGGAUUUUGAGCAACGUAUUACGCUGGAGCAAGUUAGACUUCAUCCCUGGGUAACCGCUGAUUUGGAGGAUCCGGCAUUAUGGAAAGAAGAAGCGGAUCCUCGCCAUUACAAAGCAGUUGAGGUGACGGACGAAGAAGUGUCUAGAGCUGUCACCAUUACUGAAAAGAUACGCCGUGGUAUCCAGCGACUCUCGAGCUCUAUUUCCCAUUUUACGCAAGCCUUCGACAUGAAACGUAAAGGCAAAAGCCUAUCUAGUCAGGGCAAUACACCCCAAAGCCAUUCACCCCUUUCUAAGACCGCUUCCUCAUCAUCCUCACCCACACCGGGUCGCCCGACACCUGAAAUUAUCCAGUUUUCUGCUAAUCGCAAUAAGGAUUUGCCAUGUCUCGGUGGUGACGAACAAGUAGCUGAUAACUUGACGAAUUUGCGAAAUGCACAAGUUCAUGGACAAGCUGAUCUGCCUGCAUCCAAUGUCAUGCCUGAAUUCGAAAAUACCUUUGAAGCAGAUCAGGAGAGCAUUCUGAGUAAUCAUCAUAGCUAUAGCCAUGAUAGUUACGAAUACAGUGACUACGACUCCAGUCCUUGGCCGCUUGAGCGAAAAGACUCUUCAGCAUCUACGCUGUCUGGACUAGUCAUUGGCCGAGGACGACAGCGUUCAACGGACGCUGAUGCGACGUAAAUAUCCCCCCACCCCCAGGCAUCACCACGCUCUCAACGCAAUUUUUUUUUUUUUACACGUUUUAAAAACAUCGUUGUUGUGAUGGUUCUUUGUACAUUUUCCCUCCUUCUUGAAGUGCUGCAAUUUUUUUUUUCUUAAUAGGCAUCAAAUAUAAAUUUGUCCUGAGUCAAUUCGCUAAAGGGAUUAGCUGAA